GUGCGCGGCGGUGGCGGCGCGCGGCUGGGGCCGAGGUGGUGGAAAUUGGCUUCCGAGAGGUCUGGGUUCUGCGGGCAAGGCCGCCGGUGGCAGCGGCCUCUGCUUCGGACGGCGCGAUGGGAGACGAGAUGGAUGCCAUGAUCCCGGAGCGAGAGAUGAAGGAUUUUCAGUUUAGAGCACUGAAGAAAGUGCGAGUCUUCGAACCUCCUGAGGAGCUGCCCAAAGAGCGCUGCAGCCUGCUUGCCACAUCCAACAAGUAUGGGCUGCUCUUCGCUGGCGGAGCCAGUGGGCUGCAGGUUUUCUCUACCAAGAACCUGCUUAUUCAAAACAAACCUGGAGAUGAUCCCAAUAAAGUAGUUGACAAGGUCCAGAGCUUGCUUGUUCCUAUGAAGUUCCCAGUGCAUCACCUGGCCCUGAGCUGCGACAACCUCACGCUAUCUGUGUGCAUGACGUCUGGGGAGUAUGGCUCCAUCAUUGCUUUUUUUGAUGUGCGCACCUUCUUAAACGAGGCUAAGCAGCAGAAGCGCCCAUUCGCCUAUCACAAGCUUUCGAAGGAUGCCGGAGGCAUGGUGAUCGAUAUGAAGUGGAACCCUACUGUCCCCUCCAUGGUGGCAGUUUGUCUGGCUGAUGGUAGCAUUGCUGUCCUGCAAGUCACCGAUGCGGUGAAAGUGUGCGCCACCCUUCCUUCCACAGUGGCAGUUACAUCCGUGUGCUGGAGCCCCAAGGGAAAGCAGCUGGCGGUGGGAAGGCAGAACGGAACUGUGGUCCAGUACCUUCCGACUUUGCAGGAAAAAAAAGUGAUUCCCUGUCCUCCGUUUUAUGAGGCAGAUCAUCCCGUGAGAGUGCUGGACGUGCUGUGGAUCGGGACUUACGUCUUCACCAUCGUCUAUGCCGCUGCAGAUGGGACCUUGGAGACGUCUCCAGAGGUGGUGAUGGCGCUGCUUCCGAAAAAGGAAGAGAAGCACCCGGAGAUCUUCGUGAACUUCAUGGAGCCCUGCUAUGGCAGCUGCGCCGAGAGGCAGCACCAUUACUACCUCAGCUAUGUCGAGGAGUGGGAUUUAGUGCUGGCGGCAUCCGCAGCUUCAACAGAAGUUAGUAUCCUUGCUCGGCAAAGUGACCAGGUUAAUUGGGAAUCUUGGCUCCUGGAGGACUCAAGUCGAGCUGAGUUACCGGUGACAGACAAGAGUGAUGACUCGCUGCCCAUGGGAGUGGCCAUUGACUACACCAACCAGGUGGAGGUUGCCCUCAGCGAUGAGAAGACCCUCCCUCCUGUUCCGGUGCUCCUGUUACUUUCAACAGACGGCGUGCUUUGUCCAUUUUAUAUGAUUAAUCAGAAUCCUGGGGCCAGGUCUGUCAUAAGGACCCCGGAGCGGCUCUCACUAGAAGGCGAGCGGCAGCCAAAGUCUUCAGGAAGUACUCCCACCACCCCAACCUCGUCUCAGUCCCUGCUCAAGCUGGACGCCUCGGGAGCAGCAGUCCCGGCCUCAGCUGCGUCAGUGCCGCCCACUGCCUCCGCCACUGGCUUCACUCUGCCUUCUGCCGGGGGGACCCCGGCCGUGUUUGCCUUUGGCUCCUCAUCCUUGAAGGGCUCUGCGCUUGGCCCUGGAGAGCCCCCUCCCUAUCCCAGUGGCUCUGAUGGCCCCAAAGCGGCUCUGGGCUCUGCCGCCCCCACCUUUUCUUUGGCACCACCCUCCAAGGGCUCCCUAGUAGCCACGCCCACUGCUGUGCCCCUGGCCCCAUCCUCGGGUUUCAAGCCUGCCCUGGAGAGCACCCCGCUGCCUAGCACAGCACCAAGCUCGGGGCUGAAGCCUGCCUUCCUUCCCACAUCCUCUGCAGUCAAGGUGAACCUGAGUGAAAAGUUCACCGCAGUAGCCACCUCUGCUCCCGUCCUCAGUGCUGCAAAUGCUCCAUCCGUGCUGCCCUCAUCGUCCACCUCCAGACCAGCGUCUCCAGGACCCCUCAGCCACCCCACGCCUCUCUUGGCACCGUCUGGCUCCAUGUUUCCGAAGCCUGUGGCAUCUUCUGCAUCCCCAGUGCGAUCCUCUCAGAGCAGUCCGAGUCCAGUGCCAUCCAUGGUGCAGAAGUCACCCAGGGUCACCCCGCCAGUGACGAAGUCUGGCCCUCUUCAGCCAAAGUCACUUCAGCCUCCUGUUGCAGAGAAACAGGGGCAUCAGUGGAAAGACUCAGACCCUGUGCUGGCUGGGAUUGGAGAAGAGAUCGCACACUUCCAGAAGGAGCUGGAGGAGCUGAAAGCCCGGACUGCCAAAGCCUGCUUCCAGGUGGGCACCGCGGAGGAGAUGCAGAUGCUCCGGACAGAGUCGGCUGACCUGCACACCUUUCUCCUGGAGAUCAAGGAGACCACGGAGUCUCUGCAUGGAGACAUAAGCACCUUGAAGACAACCCUGCUGGAGGGCUUUGCCGGUGUGGAAGAAGCCAGAGAGCAGGAUGGGAGAAACCAUGACUCCGGGUACCUCCAUCUGCUCUACAAGAGACCCCUGGACCCCAGGAGUGAAGCUCAGCUCCAGGAAAUUCGGCGCCUCCAUCAAUACGUGAAAUUUGCUGUCCAGGAUGUGAAUGACGUCCUGGACUUGGAGUGGGAUCGGCAUCUGGAGCAAAAGAAGAAGCAAAAGCGCCUGCUUGUGCCAGAGCGAGAGACAUUGUUCAACACUCUAGCCAACAACCGGGAGAUCAUCAACCAGCAGAGGAAGCGGCUGAAUCACCUGGUGGACAGCCUCCAGCAGCUGCGCCUCUAUAACCAGACGUUCCAGUGGAGUCUGCCCCUGGCCGUGCCUGCCCAAAGCACCACUCGCAGCUUUGACAGUGACCUAGAAACCCUGAGCAAUGCUUUGUUAAAAACCACCAUCGACUCGCACAGCAAGCCCUUGCCCAGAGUGCCAGGUAAACUGUCCCCUGUGAAACAGACACAGCUGAGAAACUUCCUGGCCAAGAGGAAGACGCCACCAGUGAGAUCCACGGCCCCAGCCAGCCUAUCUCGGUCAGCCUUUCUGUCGCAGAGGUACUAUGAAGACUUGGAUGAAGCCAGCUCCACGUCGUCCAUCUCCCAGUCUCUGGAGGGGGAGGAUGUGCGGGUGUCUUGCAAAGACGAAGAGGCAGUGGUCCAGGGGCCCCGACAUGCGCCUGUGGUCCGCACACCUUCUAUCCAGCCAGGCCUCCUGCCCCAGGCAGUGCCUUUUGCCAAAUCUCACCUGAGCCACAGCUCUUCGCCUUCCACUGUAGGAGCGUCACUGUCUGCAUCUACUAGCAAACUUACUCCUCAGGGGGCCGACAGCACAAUGUUGGUGACGAAAACUGUGAAGCAUGGUGCUCCUGGGCCCUCCCACCCCAUCGCUGCGCCGCAGGCAGCUGCAGCAGCGGCCUUGAGACGGCAGAUGGCCAGUCAGUCGCCAGCUGUCAGCACUUUGACUGAAUCAACUCUGAAGAACGUGCCUCAGGUGGUCAAUGUGCAGGAGCUGAAGAAUAAUCUCACAGCCCCUGCUUCAGCGGUGGGGUCUCUGGUGCCGUACUCAACCACCAAGACGCCCCACCCCGUGUUGGCCCCGGUGGCUGCCAGCCAAGCCAAGCAGGGGUCUCUGAUGAAUUCCUUGAAGGCAUCUGGGCCGCCGCCAGUGCCCACUCAGUUGUCACCUGCUGAUAAAGGCUCAGGGCCUGGACCAGCCAGGGCAGACACAGUGGUGACCUCGACUCCCACUGCUACGGGGCAGUGCAACAAGCCUUUCUCGUUCGCACCAUCAGGGACUGGCUUCAAUUUUGGGAUAAUUGCACCAACACCAUCUUCUAAUUUCACUGCCACACAAGGGGCAGCAUCCCCCACCAAAGACUCAAAACAGCUUGACUCACUCACCUUUGGAGGAGGCAGCAAAUCUUUUUACGAGCCUGUCCCCGAAAGCACCACUCCCUCAGGAUUCACUCCAUCUCCCAGCACUCCUGGAGGAAACACUGCCACCUCUCCAGGGGAGCCCCUGGCCUCCAGCAGCAGGCCUGGGGCUCCUUCAGCGGUCACGCUGCCCACUGCCUCUAGCAAGCCGGAAGCCGCACCAAGCAAGCUGGGAGAGCUUUUGUUCCCCAGCUCUUUGGCCGGAGAGACUCUAGGAAGCUUCUCAGGCCUGCGUGUGGGCCCCGUAGAGGACUCAGCAAAGCCACCCAGUAAGUCCCCCUCCCCGAGCCUGAUGGGGGCACAUCCGGCCAAGACUUCUAGUGUGGGCUCUGGGUUCAGCUUCAGUAGCUCUCCAGGGCUUGGGAAGCCUGCAGAGUCCCUGGCUACCUCCUCUGGGACCGCCAGCCCUGCUGCCCCAAUGGCUACCACGAGCACAGGCACAGCCAAUUCCUCAGCAGGAAUCUUCAGCAGUCUGCCACUCACCAGUGCAGGACCCUCUGGUACUGUCAGUUUUAGUGGGGCAUCAUUAAGUGGCAGCAAGACUGUCUUUUCAUUUGGAAGCCAGCAGACCAGUGACACUGCACUGUCACCCGCUGUUCCAGUGGCAACGACGGCCGCUCCCCUCCCAGCAUCGUUUCCCAACUUGUCCUUCGGUGGCCUCCUGGUCUCAGCGCCUGCCCCCUCCCCACCCAUGUCCGCGGGAAAGAGCACAGAGGAGGCCUCAUCGCCAGCCUCUUCCGAGAAGCCAGGCAACAGCGAAGGCUCUGCCCCCGCAGUAGCUCCUCCCACACAGCCACAAGCCACUGCGCAGGCAGCCUUGCAGGCCUCUGAGCUGGUGAAGAAGGAGCCCGCUCUUCUGCAGCCUGCAGCCAGCAGCCCCGGCCUGACCACCCCGAGUGCCAGUCUCACAGGGACUCCUGCAGAAACUGCUCCCUCUGCCCCUGGGGGCCCUGAUGUCAAGGAGGAGGCUGUGUCACCUGCUGCCAACUUCCAAGCACCUGGGCAGGCUGCUGUCCCACCUGCAACAGCACCAGGCUUGGGCCCUGUGGCUGUAGACUCCUUGGCUGCGACUGUGACCUCUGUCCCUGCUUCCAGCAGUGCUCCAGGCCCCACUGCAGAGGCAGCCGUGUUCAGGACUGUCACCUCCGACACCUCUGUCUUUCCUCAGCCACCUGUUGCCAGCGCCAGCUCAGCAUUCAGCCAGCUCACCAGCAACACAGCCACAGCCCCCUCCAGCGCCCCUGUGUUUGGACAAGUGGCAGCCAGCACGGCGCCAAGUCUGUUCGGGCAGCAGACAGGUAGCACAGCAACCACGGCACCGCAGGUCAGCAGCUCAGGAUUUGGCAGCCCAGCCUUCGGGGGCUCAGGCCCAGCCAUCUUCGGCCAAACAGCAUUUGGGCAGGCCCCGGCCUUUGGCCAGGCCACCAGCAGCCCUGCCAGUGGCUUUUCCUUCAGCCAGCCUGGGUUUAGCUCAGUGCCUGCCUUCGGCCAGUCUGCCGCCUCCACCCCUGUGUCCACCAGCAGCGGCGUCUUCGGGGCCUCGUCCAGCACCAGCAGCCCCGGGCCCUUCUCCUUCGGGCAGUCUUCUGCCAGCACUGGAGGAGGGCUCUUUGGCCAGAGCACCACUCCAGUCUUCGGCCAGAGCUCCAGCUUCGGGCAGGGUGGCUCUGUUUUUGGAGGCACCUCAGCCACUACCUCCACAGCAGCUUCUUCAGCCUUUAGCUUUAGUCAGGCUUCAGGCUUUGGAUCUAAUAAUACCAGCUCUGUGUUUGGUCAGGCAGCCAACACUGGUGGGACCGUCUUUGGCCAGCAGUCUUCUACUUCUGGCGGGAGCUUGUUUGGGUCUGGAAACGCUGGAAGGGGCGGAGGUUUCUUCAGCGGCCUUGGAGGGAAACCCAGCCAAGAUGCAGCCAACAAAAACCCAUUUGGUUCAACCAGCGGGGGCUUUGGAUCUGCAGCCGCCCCAAGUACGUCUAACCUGUUUGGAAACAGUGGGGCCAAGACCUUCGGAGGAUUUGCCAGCUCGUCCUUUGGAGAGCAGAAGCCUGCUGGCACUUUCAGCUCUGGAGGAGGAAGUGUGGCAUCACAAGGCUUCGGGUUUUCUGCGCCAACUAAAGCAGGUGGCUUCGGUGCUGCUCCAGUGUUUGGCAGCCCUCCUACUUUUGGGGGAUCCCCUGGGUUUGGAGGGGUGCCAGCAUUCGGUUCAGCCCCAGCCUUUACAAGCCCUCUGGGCUCGACGGGAGGCAAAGUGUUCGGAGAGGGCACUGCGGCUGCCAGCGCGGGAGGAUUCGGGUUCGGGAGCAGCAGCAGCACCACGUCGUUCGGCACCCUCGCCAGUCAGAACGCACCUACAUUCGGGUCCCUGUCCCAGCAGAACUCCGGUUUUGGGACCCAGAGCAGCGGGUUCUCUGGCUUCGGAUCCAGCACAGGAGCAUUCAGCUUUGGACCCUCCACCUCGUCUGUCCAGGGCUUCGGUGGCUGGAGAAGCUGAGCUGGUGUCGUGCUCCCUUCAUUUCCGGCGGCCAACUGCUCACCGGUCCUCUCACCUGGGGACGCAGGAGUGGGUGUCAGUGGACCUCGUC